AGUAACUCCUAAGUCGUCCCAAAUUGUUCUAAGUCGCAGACCAUCAAAACCUCUGUGUUGUUGUUUCACAAUGGCCACUGCUCCCAUCUGUUUAUCUCACUAAAAACUCUAGCUUGUUCUUCCAUCAUCACAAUAAAGCCAAAAUCCAGAUACCCAUCUGUUUGUUUCUCGGGAAAAUCCCACAGGGAGAGAGCCCAGAUUGGUAUAUCUUCCAUUCUAGAGAAGAAAAAAUGGCGACCCCGAAACCCCAGAGGUCCCAGGAGGAGUUGGAGGACAUAGUCCUCCGGAAAAUCUUUCUCGUAUCGCUGACCGAUUCCUCCGAAUCCGAUUCCCGAAUCGUUUACUUGGAGAUGACUGCAGCAGAGAUUCUGAGCGAGGGCAAAGAGAUGAGGCUCACUCGGGACCUCAUGGAAUCGAUUCUAGUUGAUCGGCUUUCGGGCGAUUUUGCCUCUGCUGAACCGCCUUUCCAGUACCUCAUCGGGUGCUACAAACGGGCUUAUGACGAGGGUAAGAAAAUAGCUGCGAUGAAAGAUAAGAACUUGAGGUCUGAAUUGGAAUCUGUGGUUAGACAAGCCAAGAAGCUAUCGGUUUCGUAUUGUAGGAUUCAUUUGGGGAACCCGGAUUCGUUUUCCAACCCGAAUAAGUCAAAUGCGUCGCCUUUAUUGCCCUUGAUUUUUUCAGAGGGUGGGGGCUCAGUUGAUGGGUUUGGAGGUAGUGGUAGUGGUGGGGGAAUCCAGUGCCCACCUGGGUUUUUGGAUGAGUUCUUCACGGACCCGGAUUUCGAUAGCUUGGACCCGAUUUUGAAAGGGUUGUAUGAGGAACUUAGGGAGAUUGUGCUUAAGGUUUCGGCCCUCGGAAACUUCCAGCAGCCAUUGAGGGCUCUGUAUUUUUUGGUUAAGUUACCAGUUGGUGCAAGGUCUCUUGUCAAUCACCCUUGGUGGAUUCCCAAAGGGGUAUACUUGAAUGGGCGAGUUAUUGAAAGGACUAGCAUUUUAGGUCCUUUCUUCCAUGUCAGUGCUCUGCCGGAUCAUCCAAUUUUCAAGAGCCAGCCUGAUGUCGGGCAGCAGUGCUUUUCAGAAGCUUCAACUCGGCGACCAGCUGAUCUGCUCUCUUCAUUCACCACAAUUAAGACAGUCAUGAAUAAUUUAUAUGAUGGCCUUGCCGAAGUUCUUCUCUUACUUCUGAAAAAUGCAGACACCCGUGAGAAUGUUCUUGAGUAUCUUGCAGAGGUGAUCAAUAAAAACUCAUCAAGGGCUCAUAUUCAGGUGGAUCCUCUUUCAUGUGCAAGUUCAGGCAUGUUUGUCAAUCUCAGUGCUGUCAUGCUUCGUCUUUGUGAGCCGUUUUUAGAUGCAAACUUAACAAAAAGGGACAAAAUUGAUCCAAAAUAUGUAUUUUACAGUAACCGUCUGGAGUUAAGAGGGUUGACUGCACUACAUGCAUCAUCUGAAGAAGUUACUGAAUGGAUUAACAAAGAUAAUAUGGGGAAUCCUGAUGGCUCUAGACACAAUGGCGAUGGUGAAAAUCGCCUUUUACAAUCUCAAGAAGCCACCAGUUCCGGAAAUAGUGUCAACGUGAACCCAAGCAAUGAAAAAGCUAAAUAUUCAUUUAUUUGUGAAUGCUUCUUCAUGACUGCAAGGGUGCUUAAUCUGGGUUUGCUGAAAGCAUUUUCUGACUUUAAACAUUUAGUACAGGAUAUUUCAAGGUCUGAAGAGACUCUCUCCACACUCAAAAACAUGCAAGGCCAGUCAUCUUCUCCACAGUUAGAGAUGGAUAUAGCUCGCCUUGAGAAAGAAAUAGAGUUGUAUUCACAGGAAAAGCUUUGUUAUGAAGCUCAGAUACUAAGGGAUGGUACACUUAUACAGAGUGCUCUUUCUUUCUACCGAUUGAUGGUGGUGUGGCUAGUUCGCUUGGUUGGCGGAUUUAAAAUGCCUCUGCCCUUAACUUGCCCUACGGAGUUUGCUUCUAUGCCAGAGCAUUUUGUGGAAGAUGCCAUGGAAUUGCUUAUAUUUGCUUCCCGGAUUCCCAAAGCUUUGGAUGGGGUCUUGUUGGAUGAUUUUAUGAACUUCAUUAUAAUGUUCAUGGCAAGUCCAGAAUAUAUCAGGAACCCUUAUCUAAGAGCAAAGAUGGUUGAGGUCUUGAACUGCUGGAUGCCUCGCAGAAGUGGAUCAUCUGUUACUUCUACCCUAUUUGAAGGGCACCAACUGUCUCUUGAGUAUCUUGUGAGGAAUCUCUUGAAGCUAUACGUCGACAUCGAGUUCACUGGUUCUCACACACAGUUCUAUGACAAGUUUAACAUCCGCCACAAUAUCGCUGAACUUCUUGAAUAUCUGUGGCAAGUCCCUAGUCAUCAAAAUGCUUGGAAACAGAUUGCUAGGGAAGAGGAGAAGGGCGUUUACUUGAAUUUCUUAAACUUCUUGAUCAAUGAUAGCAUCUAUCUUCUGGAUGAAAGUCUUAACAAAAUUCUUGAACUCAAAGAACUAGAAGCUGAGAUGGCAAACACUGUAGAAUGGGAACGCAGGCCUGCUCAAGAGAGGCAGGAGAGGACCCGCCUAUUCCAUUCUCAAGAGAAUAUUAUCCGAAUUGAUAUGAAGUUAGCAAAUGAAGAUGUGAGUAUGCUGGCAUUUACUACAGAACAGAUUACGGCUCCUUUCCUACUUCCUGAGAUGGUUGAAAGGGUGGCCAGCAUGCUCAAUUACUUUUUGUUGCAAUUAGUAGGCCCUCAAAGAAAGUCUCUUAGUUUGAAAGACCCUGAGAAGUAUGAAUUCCGGCCAAAGCAAUUGCUUAAGCAGAUUGUAUACAUAUAUGUUCAUUUGGCGAAGGGUGAUACAGAAAAUAUUUUUCCAGCUGCCAUCUCAAAGGAUGGUCGGUCGUACAAUGAGCAGUUGUUUAGUGCUGCAGCGGAUGUCCUAAGGAGAAUUGGAGAAGAUGGGAGGGUCAUACAGGAAUUUAUCGAGCUUGGUGCCAAAGCCAAAGUUGCUGCUUCUGAGGCCAUGGACACUGAAGCUGUUCUCGGGGACAUACCAGAUGAAUUCCUUGAUCCAAUUCAGUACACUUUAAUGAAGGAUCCAGUUAUCUUGCCUUCUUCAAGAAUCACGGUAGACCGACCUGUCAUCCAAAGGCAUCUUCUUAGUGAUAAUUCAGAUCCAUUCAACCGCUCCCAUCUUACGGCGGACAUGCUGAUACCAGACAAUGAAUUGAAGGGAAGAAUACAAGAGUUCAUUAGGUCCCAAGAAUUGAAGAAGCGCGGGGAAGACCUAAGCAUGCAGAGCAGCAAGGCAACCAUACAGACCACAACUAGCGAAAUGCUAAUUGAUUAGGAGGAUAUAAGGUUAAUAUAAUAGGGGAUGAUUAAGAUUUAUAGCCUUUGGUGGAAAGUAACAGUGGAGGAAUUCUCCAAUAGGUUAUUGUAACUAUAAUCUAUUAUAAUAUAUUAUUUAGCCCGCUAAUGAUCCUAUAUAAUGUUCUACUUGUCUUGUAGAUAAAACUAUGACUUAUUCUUGAUGCUCCGUUUAGUUU